AUGAUUAUCACACUUAUUAGAAUCUUUAUAUAUAUCCCACUGGGAUUGGCUCUGCGUUUGUCUCAGCCGUAUCGUGUGGUUGGGAAAGAUGGAGAAGUCCCUCUCCGCUGCUCCUUCAGUUCAAAGUUAAAGCCAGAGGAAAUGCAGGUGUCUCUGUACAAAGGUUUGCACGGCCGUGAGAGUCUCUGUAGCGCUUAUGUCAACCUCUCUGAGCCCUACUUUACAACAGAUGGCACAGUUAAUUGCAGAGGGAAUAUUAGCUCUGGAAGAGUGGACAUGAUCAUCGCUGGACUGCGAGGGAACGACACAGACCUCUAUCGCUGUGAGAUCGAGAUUCUCUUCCCACCUCCAUAUCUCAGAACAGUUGGGAACGGCACUAUUGUUUACAUACAAGAAACCCCAAACUGCCCCACUGUAUCCACCCAGAGCCAGAUUCAGAGCCAGAGCCAGACUUCAGAGCGGGAAAAUGUCAAAAAUAAUGUAGGCCCACUUCCUCUGCUUUAUGCCAUCCUAAUCAUCACUUCCUGCAGUUUUAUUCUACAGAUGAUCGCCUGCAAAUGGAGGGUCUCUACAUCCACGACACCUAUGCUUUCACAAAAAGAAAGCUAUAUGAAAUUCUAAGGGGGUAAUAUCUCCGUCUGCAUGUACUCACAUGUAUUCUCACCUGCAUGUACUUGCAUGUAAUUUUCUCCUGC